AUGGAAACGGAAUCUGUUGUACAGUCCUUAUACAGUUUUUUCUCUCCAACCACAUGUUUUCCAAGGGAGGACCAGGAGCUAAAGCCUUGUAAAGGACAUAAGAAUUUCAACCAGGGUGAAUGUUUGAAGUCUCAGUGUUGUUAUUCUGAGACCAGUAAAUUGAACUGUUUUAUGCCAGUAAAGGAUGUGCCUACACAGAUGUUUCGGGUUCUUGCGCUUGUUGUGAGCAGCAUGAUCAUCCUGGGAUUUCUGCCCAUUUAUUGCUGCUCUUUUUGCCGGAGGAGCAAAUGGGCCAAUUCUUUACAAAGAAAAGUCAACAGAUUUUUAAAGAAAUGGAAGAAACCAAAGACCAAAAUGAAGAGGGAGACUAAAAGGUCAAAUGCGGAAGAAGAGGAGGGCCUAUAUAGUGAUGAAAAUGAGGAGCCCACAGGAGUGCCAGCGUCUGGAAGGAAAUGUCCACAAGGAAGGGUUGGAACGACAAGAAAGUGA